AUGGAUGCAGGAGAGCACACCAAGGGCGGGAGUUCUCGAGGCCGUCUGGUGGCGAUUGGAGUUCUUGAGUGCGGAGGAAGGAAGGUGUCAGGAGUGGUGGAGGUUGGGACGUUCAAGGACCCUGGUGGAUGCCCAGUUGUGUACCACCUGAUGUUUCGUCCCACAGAUCUCGAGGAGUUAGGGGGUGUUAUGAGCCCAGAGUUUGUCAAGGCUAAUGAUAUUGAGAAGAUAGAUGAGGAUAAGGAAUACCAAGAUGAGAGUAAGUUUGUGUAUCCUCCAGGAGUAACAUUUGAAACAGUGAAGGCAGCUGAUGUAUUCCAAGUAGUGUGGAGGAAUCCCUCUGACACCUCUGAGAUUCUCCGUCGUCUCACGAUUCAUCGCAGGCCAUGUGUGAUCUGA